UUGAUUACUGAGCCGUGAGCUCUUGAACGGGACGAUAUUAUUCUCUGCAGGGCAGAAAGUGUUCUUGAAAAAGUUUUCUCUUGAAAGCAUGGCCAAAUAUAAGCCAUGGCGGGUUGGUUGCUGUCUCUGUAUCGUAUUAUUAGGUUCUAUAAUAUCCAUCUGUCUCUGCAUACUAGCCUUCGGCGUAUUUAUCCACAGAAGAUGCUCCGAGGACACGUUCAAGCACGCUGCGGUUUCUGCGGACUCGAAACUUUGCUCGGACAUUGGCAGAGAUAUACUGCUACAAGGAGGAUCGGCAGUAGAUGGCGCCAUUGCAGCUCUGUUGUGCACCUCACUGGUCAACCCUCAGAGCAUGGGCCUGGGAGGAGGCUCCAUAUUCACUGUUAGGGACAAAACUGGCAAGGUGAAAACCUUCAGUUCGAGAGAAACUGUCCCACAGUCAUUCAAAGCUGAUCUGCUGAAGGGCUGUCCCACAUCUGUCACAUUUAUCACAGGUAGUCAGUGGAUUGGCGUUCCUGGAGAGUUGCGUGGGUAUGAGGUGGUUCACAGACUGUAUGGGAAGCUGCCCUGGGCCAAGCUGUUUGAGCCCACCAUUAGACUGGCCAGAGAGGGAUUCCCUCUGCCACCCUUCCUGGGAUACCUCCUUAACAUCACACUCAUAGGACACCGGGUGAAAGAAACAUCACUCUGUGAGGUGUUCUGCCACAAGAACAAGACGGUGCUGGGCAUAGGAGACACAUUGAAGUUCCCUAAACUGGCGGAAACCAUGGAAACCAUUGCAGAACAAGGGGCAGAUGCCUUUUACACUGGCCAAAUUGGACUUGACUUGAUCCAAGACGUAAAAGCAGCAGGUGGGACCCUUACCAUGAAGGAUCUGAAGUCAUUCCGAGUCAGAGUGGAGGAUGCCUGGACUGUUCCUCUGGGAGAUUACCAGAUGCACAUCCCUCCACCUCCUGCAGGGGGAGCCAUGCUCGCCUUCAUCCUCAACCUCGUUAAAGGGUUCCAUUUCACCCCCAGGUCGAUGGAGGGGGACCAGAAGGUCCUGACCUAUCACCACUACAUAGAGGCAGCUAAAUUUGCUAACGGACAGAGGAGGAGCAUUCACGAUCCUGUUUUCAACACUAAAAAAGAUGCAUCGUAUAUGGUGGACUCUGACUUUGCUGAUCGGAUCAGGCUAUUGAUCAGUGAAGACCGUACCUACAACGACUCCUACUACAACAUAACACCUUCCCCUGAUCGCUUUGGGACCACACACGUGUCAGUCCUGGCUGAAGAUGAAUCUGCAGUCUCUGUCACAAGCACCAUCAACCAAAUUUUUGGUGCAGGGAUUUACUCUCGUAGAACAGGCAUCAUUCUCAACAACGAGCUGGCUGACUUCUGUUUUAGAGCAGAGAGAGUCAGUGCAGGUGAACAGCCUCCCUCUUCAAUGGCUCCAGCUAUACUCAGCUCUGGGAAAAAUACCCUUGUAAUUGGGGGAUCAGGGGGUAGCAUGAUCACGACCGCCAUGGCCCUGUCCAUAAUGAACCACCUUUGGUUGGGGAUGAGUUUGAAAGAUGCCAUUGCUUCUCCUGUAGUGUUUGUCGAUGGCAACAACAAUGUGAUGUUUGAGCGUGGCUUUGAUAAGUCAGUGAUAGAGGCCCUAAAGGUCAUUGGACACAGAGUGACUGACUACCCAUACUUCUUCAACGUGGUCAAUGCUGUGGCCAAGGAGGACGAAUGCAUCACAGCCGUGUCAGACGUCAGGAAGCAGGGCAAAGCUGCUGGCUACUGACCAAUAGGACACCAGGACACUAAGAGUUUACCAAGACCAGGUGUGUCCUUACUAAGGCAUACAGCCAAUUAAUUGGCCUCAGAACACUGUAGAGUAGGUCCAAGAGGACUAUCAUUUUUGUGAGAUUUAUUUUUGUAGUUCAAUUAUCUUUAUAUAUGAAAUAUGUUUUCUAAACCAACAGUCCAAGAUCCUUAAGAAGAAUCAAAUGGUCCUCUUGAUGAAUGACCAAGUACAUAAAAUUAAAUGCUUGUUUUUAAUGACUAACUGUGCAGUACACAUACAGUAUAGCACAAGGGAGGUCCUGAAGGAAUUCAAAUGGGAAGAGAAGGUCAGUACAGCCUGUCAGCCUGUACUAACAUGGGACUCAUACUGUGACCACAAGGACUUGUCAGAUUCAGGACAGGACAUGUUACAACUCAAUCCUCCAAGUAAAUGUAUUAGUCCCUCUCUGGAGGGUUGCAGCAAUACUCUCAGAGACUCACACUUUGAGAUAAAACAGGCUUUUUACAGCCCCCUUCACAGUGUCAGAAAGGAAUUCCACGGCCUAAAAAUAGUAAAGCACCCUUUGCUGCCCAAUCAGUUUGCUGCCUGAUCUUAGUAAACUGGUGAAGAUAAUUGUGUUUGACCAAAUAGAACAAGCUAACUACUGACUUUCAGCAUGCGUAUAGAGAAGAGCACUGAACUUGUACUGCACUGACUCAGAUGACAGAUGAUUGGUUAAAAUAAAUGGAUAAUAAAAUGAUAGUUGAAGCUGUAUUGUUAGAUUUCAGUGCAGCCUUUGAUGUUAUUGAUAAUAAAUUGUUAUUGAAGAAACUCACUUUG